UCUAGCUAGUUUUUCUUCUCCCACUCCCAAAAAACUGCCUGACAAACAACUUCCAUUUCACAAGUCAUAACCCCCUGAUCUCAUCACUCCUCUUUCUUAACUCUUGUCUUGUCCAACCAGGUUACAAAAAGCCUCGAUCUUUCGCUCUUUCUCGUUCGUCAAAGCCACCCCAUUUCUGAUUUCCUCUCUUUGUGCCUCAGAUGUCAAACUAUACAGUUGAGUCCACCAAAGUAGAGACAAGUGAUGGAGCCAAGCUUCAUACAAGGCUGUUCAAGCCAAUGGAAGAAGGGAAGAUAACAGACAACUUGGUGGUUGUUCUUGUACAUCCAUUUUCGAUCUUGGGUGGUUGUCAAGCUUUUUUAAAAGGAAUUGCUGCUGGGUUGGCUGGAAAAGGUUAUAAAACCGUGACCUUUGAUAUGAGAGGUGCCGGUAAGUCUACUGGGAGGCCUUCUCUUACUGGUUUUGCUGAAAUCAAGGAUGUCAUUGCUGUUUGCAAAUGGGUUUGUGAGAAUCUGUCUUCUGAUAGGAUUUUGUUGGUGGGUUCUUCUGCGGGCGCACCGAUUGCAGGUUCUGCGGUAGAUGAGAUUAAAGAAGUCAUCGGCUAUGUAAGUAUAGGGUACCCUUUUGGCAUGUUCGCCUCUAUCCUUUUUGGAAGACACCACAAGGGAAUCCUGAAGUCUCCAAAGCCAAAACUUUUCGUUAUGGGAACUCGGGAUGGGUUUACCAGUGUUAAACAGCUGCAGAACAAGCUGAGUUCUGCUGCAGGACGUGUUGAAACACAUCUAAUUGAAGGAGCAAGCCACUUCCAAAUGGAAGGUGCUGAAUUUGAUAACCAGAUGGUGAACCUAAUCCUUACAUUUACCUCAUCUUUAUAGGAAUAUAAGAUGCCAUGGUGGCUUGUGAGGUGUGCUGGGUUAGAUUGCCUGAACUGUAUUUCUUGUGCAUGCCGAUUAUCUUUGUUUAAUUUGCAGGUUUUGAAUGAUGGAUUGCACAGUCAACUAAUGAGUGAGAGUUGCCUCUAACCUCAUUGCUAUUGCAAUAUUGACGAGAGAGAUUUUUUCUGCCA